CCCUGUAUAGUCGGCAAGCUUCGCAUUUUUUGCUCUCCGUUUUUUCUUCCUUUGCGACCAGGAGCUUUUCUGCAGGCCAGCAGUUUUCCUCGAAACUUACGCCCGUGCAGAUUAAUGGCCGGAAAAUCACAGUACGGAAAAUUCGAUUUCUCAACUUCUGUGUGUGUGUGUGUUAAGAUUUUUAACUUUUCAGCUUGGUUAAACAAAAAAAAAGAAAACAAGCGCGCGCCCGCCUCUCUUUUCGCGUUUUUGUGCGUGUGUGCGUGAGAGUGAGUGAGAGAAUUAUGGCAUAAGUGCAUAAAAAUUAUGAUAGCAGAAUUCCCACGGUCGCCGACGAUUGUGCAUAGUGAAAAGCGGAAAGAAAGGAAAAUCACCGAGGGGGUAAAUUCGCAGAAGGAAAGCCGCAAAGGCGUGAAAUCGAUCAGAGCGAAUUCAGCGUUGUCCUCGGAAAUUAAGGCGAAUUGUAGUUGGUGGGGACAAGAGAGUGUGCAAGCGGGCAUCAGCUGUGACGUUGGCAGAGGCAGCGACUGCGACGCCGGCAGAGACAGAAAGCUUGGCCAAAAGAAAAGGUCAAACAAGCAACAACACCCACCAGAAGGAGGAGCAAAGGGACAAGUAGUGGAAAAAGGAGAAGAACAGCAGAGAGUGCAACAAAAACAACAUCAACGAGAGCAGGAGGUCUGUCAAAAAGAGAGAGUAAAGAAGAAGCACCAGCAAAGGGCGAAUAAGAAGAAGCAUCGCCCAAUAAGCGCAAACAAGAAGAAGCACCAUCAGCAUCUUCUCAUACACAGCGAAAAAACAAGCCCUGUCCUAUUUUUAGAUUAUUUACGCCAGUGUACCGCCGUCGAAAUUGUCGCUGUCUCCCCAGCCGGCUGUUGUGACGUCCGAGCAGGCUGCAAUCACGCUAAAAGUAACAAAUACGCCGCUAAUUACGGCAAUUCGCGACAUUUCGAGCAUAAAACCAAAAUUUAUGCUCUAUAUCGUCACCUGGAGAUCGGUGGCCCGCUCGAACAAGUGCAACAGCAACAGCAGCUGAAAGUCGGCCAAAUCCAGAUCCGGCUGCGCUUCGAGAUGCUCUUCGCCGAGCCACCGCCCCCUCCGCCCACUAAGGGCCACACCCCCACCACCCACAGCCAUGUCCAUGAGUCGGAGGAUGUGCAGGAUACACAUGCGCCACCUGUCGGCGAACAGGUGAUGCCGAUACUGCAGGAUCAGCAAAAUGGCGAUAUUUUGGCAGGCACAACCAGCAACGUUGAGCUAAUGGAGGCCAUGAAGAAAUUGGAUGCAGAUCUGGUGGCUCUUUUUGCCACGGCCGCCUCUGCCGAGCCGCUAAUGCAGAAACAUCAGAAGGUCCUGUGGCCGGAAUCCGAGUCGGAGCAAAUUGCCCAAGACUCGGAAGAUGAGCUGGUAAUCACGCCCGAGAUAUUCCGCAGCUGCAACGCGUUGCAACUCCAUUUGGAGGCUCUAACCUUGCAGCCGGAGGGAACUCAACGCAUGGAACUGGUUCAGAACGAGGUGCGACCCAUUUUCACCGUGGAGUGCCAACUUUCUGGAGAUUUGGUACGGAAGGUGCCGCGCUAUCCGAUGUUCCACAUCAUGCAGUUCGAGUCGGAGAAGUUCCAGAGCCUGACGCAGUGCACCAGGUUCGGGCAGACGGCUCAGCGGCAGGUGGAUAUGGAGGAUAAGAGCCUGGAGGACCAGGACCAGAGUGCUGGACAUGUGGACAUUACGGUUUGGUGGCGUGAGCCGGGCACCUGCCUCAACGAAAUGCUCGGCAUGGGGCGCCUGGAACUCCGGGAGCUCUACAGGGCAUCGCUGCUCGAGCAGUGCAAGUGCGUUGCCAUCAAGCGCCGCGAUGUCCAUCUGGGCAGCGUCUAUGUGAAGGUCAGUCUGCUGCAGAGCUUGAAUGGAAACCCGGAGCAGCAGCAACAGCAACAGGGUCAAAAGAACGAAAGUGGAAACAAGGCCGCAGUUAACUGCAACUCAAAGGCCGUCUUAACGCCCUCUCAACCGCCGCCCCCGCUACCCCCUCCUCCCAAAGCCAACAACAACAACAGGGCCAUCUUGGACUGUGUCAAUUUCAUGGCGGAGACCAAUAAAGUACGUCUCCUGAGGGGCUAUUUGUAUGCCGGAGAGCUGCGUCAAUUAACGGCGGAGAAUCAAUCGGCCUGCCAGGAACUAUCGCUUCAGCCCUUCUGGCAAACGCAGCCACUGCUGGUGAAGAUCGGCGAUGGGGGAUCUUUUGAGCUGCAGGAGCAGUUUGCCAUCAUCAACGAUGAGCGAUUUCUGCAGAGUGUCGAACGUCAGCAACUGCUUCUGGAACUGCGUCCUCUAAGUGGUCUGGUCCGGCUGCCGCUGCACCAGUUCUUCAUCGCCUACAGAGAUGCCAGCAUCACCAAUCAUUUGUGCAAGGGAAAGUUACCAGUUAUUUCUAUCGAUGGUUGGGCACCCAUUGUCAGCAGUGAGACCCAAUCGCCUUUGGGGGAGCUCAAGGUGCUCCUGGCCAUCGGCAGUGAAUCCCAGAUUGCCCAACUGAAGCAGCAGCGCGGCUUCGACCAGGACAACAAUCAAGUGUCGGCUCCAAAUAGCACCACAGAUUUACUAGAUAUGCUCCAAAAUGCCAUCACUGCUCCCGCACCAAGUAGCUCAACUCCCGCAAUGCCGCCGCCCCCUGCUCCUCCAGCGCCCAGUAACUUCAGCUUUCAACUGCGCAUCGUAGGCGCUGCUGGAUUGCCCCUAAACCCCGGCUAUGGUAAAUCAAAGAAGCAGGCAAAACGCCAGUCGGCCGCCAAGCGAUUCCCACCCAACGAAGCGCCCAACACCUAUGUGACCUUCCAGGCCGUCAACUGCAACAGUCAGACGUACAAGUCACACGAGGGAUUGGUCUAUGCCACGCCCAUUGUGCCGAGGUCCACGAAGCCUCAGUGGCUCAGCAAGUUCCGGGUGGAAGUGAGUCGCGAUUACCGCAGCAAUCCCCAGAAGCUCUUCAUCUUGAAGCUAUGGAAGAAGGCGAUUGUCAGCCCAAACGGCAUCACUGAGCCGUCUCCCCACGAAGAUGCCAUUAUAGGGUUCGCUGCCCUCAAUCUCAACCAGAAGCAACCGGGCGGAGGUUUUCCCAGCGGAUGGCACAACAUAGUGGACUUUAAUGGACGCGUGACCGGAGGAAUAGAGGCGCAUGUGGAGCCCACACCGCCCAGUGUGGAUACCGUGAUUGAUCAGUUUGAAAGGUCAAUGGAACUCGGCCAUUUGCAGUUGGGCCAAGCCAUCAAGCGAAAGUACACGGAGCUGGAGGAGAUCUCGCAGAGGUUGCGAUCCCGUUUGGUGGAUGUGACAGGGGAAACGCUAAAGUUUCCAGAAUUCGAUGUGGAUAGUGCAUUGGACAGUUGGCAGCAGGAUGGAGAUGAUGAUGAUUUGGCGGAGGAUUUCGAACGCGCUCUGCGCACUCCCACGCCCCCCGGCUCACCAAGCCCCUCCACCAGCUCCGCCGCACAAAAUCCCAGAAAUGCAAACGGCCAGGAAUAGCCCAGGGCCAAAAGUCAGUUAAGCGUGUUUUUUCCUCUCUCCGCAUCUCGAUGUCGUCUCUGAUAUUGGCUCAAACGGUAGCUAUAGUUAACCACCUAGUUGUAGACUAUAAUAUAAUACACGGAUCUUGAUCUGAUAUUAUGCUGUACUUAAAUUGGCAUCCCAAUUUUGCCUCGAUUCACCGUCUUAUGGCUGUCUAUAUAGCAUAAAAUCAAAGCUAACAACGAUCACCCAGCGAUCGUUCCAUUGAGUUAAAAAUUAUCGAUUGAAUAUUGUUUUAAGUCAUAAGAGGAUUUUCCCCUGCAACCACACGGAAUAUGUAUUAGUUUCGGAACUGUGUUAAUCACCUAAGUAUUUAGACACUAUUACUUAAUAAAAUUUAAAUAAAAACAAAAAUGCUAAAGCUAAA